AAAAAUGAACGAAACAUUAGAUUUCUAUGUUGGUCAAUCUAGCGAAGUCAUGGUGGUCACGCAUGAUUGAUUUCUACACAAAACUUUCGACAAUCGUUCAAACAAGAUGUUUCGCAACCAAUACGACAACGAUGUGACCGUGUGGAGCCCCCAAGGUCGGAUCCACCAGAUCGAGUACGCCAUGGAAGCUGUUAAGCAGGGGUCAGCCACCAUCGGGUUAAAAUCGAAAACCCACGCCGUGCUUGUCGCACUCAAACGCGCCCAAUCAGACCUGAUAGCUCACCAGAAGAAGAUCGAGAAAAUUUCGCCCCACAUCGGGAUCUCAAUAUCGGGGUUAACGUCCGAUGCGAGGUCGUUGGGGAACUACAUGCGCAGCGAGUGCAUGCACCAUGAGUUUCUAUUCAACACGAGGUUACCCGUGUCAAGACUCGUGGCUGCAGUUGGGGACAAAACCCAAACACCCACGCAACGAUACGGACGUCGACCGUUCGGGGUCGGAAUCCUUGUGGCUGGGUUUGAUGAGAAAGGUCCCCACAUCUACCAGACUUGCCCAUCAGCUAAUUAUUACAACUGCAAAGCUAUGGCUAUUGGUUCACGAUCACAAAGUGCUAGAACUUAUUUAGAAAGACAUCUCAAUGAAUUUGCUGAUUGCACCCCUGAGGAGUUGGUGCGACACGGGUUAACAGCGUUACGGGAAACCCUCCCGUCCGAACAAGAACUUUCGGUGAAGAAUUGUUCGGUGGCCGUGGUUGGGGAGGGACAGGACCUCGUGGUGUACGAGGACGAUCAAGUGUCGAUAUUCCUUGAUUUAUUGGAGGAGAAACGAUCGUCGAGGAACGAACCGGCUCCCCAACAACAAGAGGUUGGGCAAGUGGGGGAACUCCCGGGAUUGGUCCCCCCUGUGAGCGGUCAACCACGCGAAGACGAAGAACAACCGAUGGAUAUGUGAUGUCAUAAUAGGCUCGGAGGUCAAAAGUUCAAGUUUAUGUUUCAAAGACAAAAUACACGAUUUAUUCCGAUACAUUGGUAUUGCACAACAAUUUACAUAGAAAUCAUAUUAAUGUUGCGAUUCAAAGUCGAGGACGACCUUGUAAAACACGUAGGGAUGAUAUUCCUGGGUGCCGAGGGUUAAACCGGGAAGAAAAUCGUCCUGCGAGGAAAUUGAAGAUUAAUAUUUAUAAGUUGUGAUGUUGAAUAAAGCUAAAUGUAAACGGA